AUAAACUGAUAGAAAAAUUAUAACGGCAUCAGCUACUCUUCUCUUGCCCACUCUUCCCACCUAAAUAUGUCCGCUUCCCAGAGACAGGAUUUAGCUAUAUAUAGCAAUGGGUGCAUUAUCCCGCCUCUCAAUCCAGCAUUCAAGUCCCUUAACUUGGUUACAUACCAGCAGGGAACCCACCACACGUGGCUCACACAAGCGUUGCUCGAAAACGCGUUGCUUGACACAUGUUCGCUCAAUUCUGACUCCUCUCAAACCGCCAGAAGCCUCAAUAACAGCCGUAACCUUGAGGAUGCCAAGGCUCAUGUGGUGGUUGUCAGUUUCAUGAAUGACUUGGCCCACUGGUCCAAGAACUUAAAGAAGUGUAACAACCUCGAUGUUACUCCCUCGUCGCCCAACUUCACUUUCCUUGACUGCUUCACAAACUUGUUUAGCAAGUUUAUCACGGCACCAACUUCUGCCCAGUCCAUCGAGGCCCAGGUGCAGGAGUUGUUUGCGGACGUGACGCAGAAGAUCGUGACGGCUGUGCGCGCAAAACCCGCGCAUCAACGUCUUAUUGUGGUGGUUGAAAACCUCGAGUUUUUGAUAGCUGCCACCUGUCUUAGAGCAAACCAGCUUUUGUGCCAGGUCUCAGCGUUGCAGAACAUCGCUAGUCACUUGUAUGUGGUCACGCAGUUAGCCCCCGAAGCGAUCGAUGUCUCCACGGUCGCGUCUUCAGCGCAUAAUCCCGUCUACAAGGCCACCGACUUCCUCGUUAAGAUGAUUUACCGUGCCCAUUUGGUAUUACAGGUGCAGCCCUUGGCGACAGGCAGAGCCGACGAUGUCACAGGGGUGUUGCGGAUUGUCAGAGGCGGUUUGAGUGAGGAAAUGAGACUCGUCACAGGUUUGAACGUUGUCGAAAAAGAGUAUUUGUAUUUGGUAAAUAAGGACGGAAACGCAAAGUUAUUUUUUAGAUAAGCUUUAAUUAAUGAAGUCAUGCA